AUGGGUCGUCGCGCCGCUCUCGGAGCUGCUCGCGUCUUCGGCCGCACGGCCUCCCGCGGGGCGGGGGCCGAGGCUCGGCAGGUCGCGACCCUCAACGCCGCGCUCGCUGCGGCCGGCUUGAAGGGUCUGAAGGGUCUGAAUGAGGCCCUCGCCGCCGCGAACGCGGCCCGCGGCAUCCGCGAGGUCUCCACGGACGCCCUCAAGCCGCUGGACAAGUUCGCGCCGCGCCACAACUCGAUCCGGCCCCACGAGAUCGACGAGAUGCUCAAGACGUGCGGGUUUGACUCGCUGGACGCGCUGGUGGACGCCACCGUGCCGGACUCGAUCCGCCGCACCGACGGCAUGGACCUCGGCAAGAAGGCCUACACCGAGGGCAUGAGCGAGUCGCAGUUCAUCACGAUGUUCAAGAAGAUGGCGGAGAAGAACGUGGUGGCCAAGAACUUCGUGGGGAUGGGCUACCACGGCACGCACACGCCCGCCGUGGUGCUCCGCAACCUGCUCGAGAACCCCGGGUGGUACACGCAGUACACGCCGUACCAGGCGGAGAUCUCCCAGGGCCGCCUCGAGUCGCUGCUCAACUUCCAGUCCAUGGUGACGGACCUGACGGGCAUGCAGCUCUCCAACGCGUCGCUCCUCGACGAGGCCACCGCCGCCGCCGAGGCCAUGACGAUGUGCUCGGCCAUCGCGCGCGGGAAGAAGCCGAAGUUCCUGGUCUCGGAGCUGUGCCACCCGCAGACGAUUGCGGUGUGCCAGUCGCGCGCCAAGGGCCUGGGCCUCGAGUGCGUCGUCGGCGACCACAACUCGUGGGACCUCACCGCCAAGGACGUGUGCGGCGUCCUCGUGCAGUACCCCGCGACCGACGGCGCGGUGCUCACGUACGACGACGUGGUGGCCAAGGCGCACGACAACAAGAUUCUGGUGUGCGCCGCGACGGACCUGCUCUCGCUGACGAUGCUCAAGCCGCCCGGCGAGUGGGGCGCGGACAUCGUGAUCGGGUCGGCGCAGCGGUUCGGCGUGCCGAUGGGCUACGGCGGCCCGCACGCCGCCUUUCUGGCCUGCUCGGAGGAGCACAAGCGCCUCAUGCCCGGGCGCAUCAUCGGCGUGUCGCGCGACGCGACGGGCAAGGUCGCGCUGCGCAUGGCCAUGCAGACGCGCGAGCAGCACAUCCGCCGCGACAAGGCCACGUCGAACAUCUGCACGGCGCAGGCGCUCCUGGCCAACAUCGCGGGCAUGUACGGCGUGUACCACGGCCCCGACGGGCUCCGCAACAUCGCCAAGCGCGUCAACACCUUCGCGCACGUGUUCGCCGCCGGCGUCGCCAAGCUCGGCCACACGGUCCCCGCGCAGCCCUUUUUCGACACGGUCAAGGUCAACGUCGGCGCGGGCAAGGCCGCGGCCGUCGCGGAGACGGCCAAGGCGGCGGGCAUCAACAUCCGCGUCCUCGACGCGGACAACGUGACGUGCGCGUUCGACGAGACGCACUGCGCGCACGACCUCGACGCGCUCUUCGCGGUGUUCAACGGCGGCGCGCCCGCGCCCUUCACGGCCGAGGGCCUCUGCGAGGGCGUCGAGCCGGGCUUCUCGGGCGCGCUGAAGCGCGAGACGGCCUUCAUGCAGGAGCCCAUCUUCAACGACAUCAAGACGGAGCACGAGAUGCUGCGCUACCUCAAGCGCCUGGAGAACCGCGACCUGUCGAUGGUGCACUCGAUGAUCCCGCUCGGGUCGUGCACGAUGAAGCUGAACGCGACCUCGGAGAUGCUCCCCAUCACGUGGGGCGAGCUCGCCAACAUCCACCCCUUCGCGCCGCUGGACCAGACCCAGGGCUACCAGGAGAUGUUCAAGGACCUCGCGGCGCAGCUGUGCUCGAUCACGGGCUUCGACGCCAUGUCGCUGCAGCCCAACUCGGGCGCCUCGGGCGAGUACGCCGGCCUGAUGUCGAUCCGCGCGUACCACGAGUCGCGCGGCGACGGGCACCGCAACAUUUGCAUCAUCCCGGUGUCGGCGCACGGGACGAACCCGGCGACGGCGGUCAUGACCGGGUACAAGAUCGUGCCGGUCGGCGUGGACGCGAAGGGCAACGUGAACAUCGAGGAGCUGCGGAAGAAGGCCGAGCAGCACAAGGAUCACCUGGCGGCGCUCAUGAUCACCUACCCGUCGACGCACGGCGUGUACGAGGACGGCAUCGACACGAUCUGCGACAUCAUCCACGAGCACGGCGGGCAGGUGUACAUGGACGGCGCCAACAUGAACGCGCAGGUCGGCCUGACGUCGCCCGGGCACAUUGGCGCCGACGUGUGCCACCUCAACCUGCACAAGACCUUCUGCAUCCCGCACGGCGGCGGCGGCCCGGGCAUGGGCCCGAUCGGCGUGAAGGCGCACCUCGCGCCCUUCCUCCCCACGCACCCCGUGAUCCCCACGGGCGCGUACCCGGACUUCAAGGGCGACGACAAGUCCUUCGGCGCCAUGGCCGCCGCGCCGUACGGCUCCUCGCUCAUCCUGCCCAUCUCGUACGCGUACAUCUCGAUGAUGGGCUCGAAGGGCCUGGAGAUGGCGUCGAAGCAGGCCAUCCUGAACGCGAAUUACAUGAUGAACCGCCUGGGCAAGCACUACAACGUGGUCUUCACGGGCAAGAACGGCACGUGCGCGCACGAGUUCAUCAUCGACAUCCGGCCCUUCGAGGAGUCGACGGGCGUCGGCGCCGAGGACAUCGCCAAGCGCCUGAUCGACUACGGCUUCCACGCGCCCACCAUGUCGUGGCCCGUGCCCGGCACGCUCAUGAUCGAGCCCACGGAGUCGGAGAGCAAGGCCGAGCUCGACCGCUUCUGCGACGCGAUGAUCUCCAUCCGCGCCGAGAUCGAGGAGAUCGCGCAGGGCCGCUACUCGCCCGACAACAACGUGCUCGUCAACUCGCCGCACCCCGCCGACGAGGUGCUCUCGGACGCCUGGGACAAGCCGUACCCGCGCGAGAAGGCCGCGUACCCGGCGCCCUGGACGCGCAUCGCCAAGUUCUGGCCCACGACGAAGCGCGUGGACAACGUGUGGGGCGACCGCAACCUGAUCGCCAAGCACAAGGCCAUCCCCAAGGACAUGGAGGUCGCCGCCAUGGACGCCAUGGCCGUCGCCUCGGGCUCGAGCUAA